GCCCACGUGUGCAGGUAUAUAUGCUGUACACAGAAGGCGGAUAUUUAAACUUUUGUUCAGUCCAGUGCUCUGACGUGGCGUUUUAGCCCAAGUAUAAAUACAUUUGAUAGAGCUGUAUAAGGCCUCCCCUGGAGAUUGGGUGUGUCUCGAUCAUCCUUUUUACCCGAAGGAUACCUGUACACUUGUAGUGUUGCGUGUGAUAGAGAAAUACGGGCCCAGUAGCUCGGAUACUACGUUAGUGAACACGCAUGGGCGAGUCCAAGGUUGUAGUGGAAUCAGGAAGCGACGCUGAAGCCAAGAUGGCUACCAAGUCCCCCAACUCGAGUGGGAAUCAUUCCAACCUCGUCAUGUUACUGACCAUGCUGGCCGGAGCCGCAGCACUGGGGGCUGCCGUGUGGUUCCCUACGUCAGAGUUGGUCAAGGAACUCCACAGACUAGUCACUAUACUGGACAAGUCUCCGCCGACCCAGAACCCGCAGUCCGGACCCGUCCGCACUGAAGCGCCCGAGCCGCUGCCACGUGACUGCUAUGACCUUUACAAGGCAGGUCAGACGUCGGACGGACUGUACACUGUCCAUCCGUCCGAUCUACGACAGGGAUUGGUCGUGUAUUGUGAUAUGACCUCUGACGGCGGCGGCUGGUUGACGUUCCAGAGACGUAUGGACGGUUCCGAACAAUUCAAGAGAAAAUGGCAGGAGUAUAUGUUUGGGUUUGGCGAUCCUGCGAAAGAGUUCUGGAUAGGGAACGAGUUUCUGCACGCAAUUGUGUCUCAGGGCUGGUACGAGUUGCGGAUAGACAUGGAGGAUUUCAACGGAGAAAAACGUUAUGCAACUUACAAGUUAUUCCGCAUAAGUAAUGGAGCCUCUAGAUAUCGUCUCAGUGUAGCAGGGUACUCAGGGGACGCAGGUGACUCCAUGGAGGUACAUAAUGGGAUGAUGUUCUCUACCUUCGACUUGGACAACGAUGGAGCGCCGGGUAACUGCGCCGAAAGCUUUAAGGGUGGAUUCUGGUACAACAACUGUCAUAACGCUAACCCAAACGGGGUGUACUUAGAGGGCGAGCACGAGACCCUCGCGGAUGGAGUCAACUGGCACAGCUGGAGGGGCUAUAAAUACUCUAUGAAAUAUAUAGACAUGAAAAUUAGGCCUGUAUGAUGAACAGUUUUCUAUGUAAGUGGGCGCAUGUUGUGUGUCAGGACAGGUUUAUGAUAAGUAUGUAUCUUGUUUCAUCCGUCAGCACUAUAUUUUAUCAUCGCCAUUUCAGAUUGUCAGCUAGGCUUUUUUUAAUAAAAUAUAUACGUAAAUCAA